AUGACAUCUCACCUCUCAUGCAGUAACAUCAGCAACAGUAUUAGUGGUACCGGUAAAGUACUUUCAACAGUACUGAACACACGACCACCAUUGCCAUUUCAUUUCUUUAAACGUUGGAGUUUACAUGAUUUUCAUACUUCUCGCUGGACCUGCACAAACCCAUCAGCGCAAAUCAAACGCACACGUCUUGGUCGAAGUUGUAUUGAUAAACCAACAAUAGAAAUGAUUUCUGUUAGUCGAUACGGUGGUUACGAGCUACGCGAAUCGUUGGUUACAGCAUUUCGUAUCUACCGCAGUGUAGAUCAAUCAGAAGCGGCACGAACUGCUGGACAGGCUGCUGUACGUUCUAUUCGUUUUGAUAAUUUUAUGUUCGAUGCUGAAGAUGAACAGGAAGUGGCAGUUGAUUUUGCUUGUUUAUAUCUUAAUGCCUGCGUACUUUUUAACGUUCUUCCUUCUCGAGAGAUGAUAACGCAGUUGUUGAGUCGACUCUCAACAUUACUUCACAGUUCUUUUCACUGGGAAUGUGUUUUAUCUGCACUCAUUGUCUGUCUUCAACCUUCUGCAGAGGCGGCUGUAGGGACGGCUACCGCAUUUGUUAGUAUGCUUCGUGGUGCCCUGCCAGGUACUAUACCUGUAAGUCUUUCACAUGAUGGGAAAAUUCUUUUGCUAUUUACAAUUUCGAAAGCUUUGGCUUUACUGAUUCACUCCAAUACAAAUAUGGAAGAUCAAUUACAACAACUUCUUGAUGUUCAGCUUAAAACAAUAGAACUACUCUGUGCUACUCCUACUACACCCUUAUCACGAGAGGAACGAUUUGUAUUAGUAGAUGCCGUUUGUUGGCGUUACACCGCAGGUGGUUGUUCUUCGACUAAUAUAGAAUGGGUUAAAAGUAUAUUACCACUACUGCAAGUAAAGAAACAGGAAGAAUUGGAUGUAUUUAAUCUUCCACAGUGUACACGACUGUUCUGUGCAUUAUGUGUAUUGUUAACAAUGCAACACACUACAGUGAAUGAACAAAGUCAACGACAACAGUGGGAAAUACUGGAUCCUAUUGUACGUCACUUGGAUGAACGGGUUCGUAUUCAUUCUAUAUCAGAUAUUCUUUUUGUGUUAACUGGACUGCAGACGAAUCAUGUAGCACGCUCACGAUAUAAGAAACUUCCAUCCGCACUCUUAGAUCACUUACGAGAACAACAACAACAACAACAACAAGGAGAAGGAGAAAAGAGGAAUGAUAGUUGUGGAGUAUCACUUAUAAAGGAUGAAACUGGAUUAGAGGCGAUGCAAAAGAUUCUGUUACUAUUGAGUAGUACUGGUGAAGAUGAGUUAGCAGAAGCAGCAGAGACAGUCCUAACGGAUGUGUUUUCAUCAACUUUAAACAAUUAG